ACUAUUUUUGGGUAGCGCGCCGCGAGCGAGCGCGAGUGUGUGGGACCUCGUUUGUUUGGAGAGUCAGCGGGAGAUAGGACGGCUGGUGUGCAAUGGCGGCAGGAGACCAGCGCGGCAGGGGAAGACAUUUCGAAGGACUCCUCUUCGAAGGAAAUACGACAGACAAGUCCUGGACACUUGUUUUUCAGAAACAUGUCACCAUGACGAUCAGGCCUCCAGGGUGUGUGGCUAAGGGCGGGACUUGGAGCUUGAUUGCCACUCAGAAAGAUGAACCAGUGUGGGAGGGGAGUGUGGAGUCAGGGUGUAAACAUAGGGUCAGAGAUAACUUUGUCCAGUGGCAACACAAAUCGUCUGACAGGGCUACCACGACCUUUGGACUCCGCCUCAAGACUGCAGAGGUAGCCCAGCAGUUCAACAGUGUUCUGGGAGAGGCAGUGGCCUCAAUGGGAGUCAGAACCACCAAGAGAUCUGCCACUGAGAUAGUGGAGCUGUUGAUAGUACCACCUCACGCCGAACCUCUCCCCCUUACCCUCCACCCAUCCACUACCAUCUCACAAGUUAUGGCGAUUGUUGCCGAGCAACACAAACUAGACCCCGCCCACUACAACUUGGCUUUGCCCGCUGAAGAUCCAAAGGGAGAGGGAGUGGCGUGUUUUGGGUCCAUGACAGUAAGUAGAUUGAAGACCCAUAGACUG